GCGUGGUGAGUGUGGCUCAAUACGAGGCGAGUGUGCGCGCUACACUAGUACCGGAGGAUGGACGCGUACGGCGGCUGCACGGCGGCUCCCCUCCCUGCCGAGGGACAGCUGAACAGGGGAUGAUGAUGAUCAAUAUGCGGGAGCGGCUUUUCCACAUCGACAUCUGAGCGGGAUACAGAAAGGAGUGCAAAGAUGACUGAGGGCAGACUGUGCCAGGUGCAGCUGCUGGAUGACAGGAAGCUGGAGCUGCUGGUUCAGCCCAAGCUUCUGUCGUACGAACUCCUCGACUUGGUUUCCUCCCACUUCAACCUCAAAGAGAAGGAAUUCUUUGGACUUGCAUUUUGUGAUGACAAUGGUCAGCGUAAGUGGUUGCAGAUGGACCGCAGGGUUCUCGAGCAUGACUUCUCGAAGAAGUCCGGGCCCAUCGCCCUCAACUUCCUGGUCAGGUUUUAUGUGGAAAAUAUAACACAGCUCAAGGACAUCAUAACGGUGGAGCUGUUCUUCCUGAAUGCAAAAUCCGCGGUCUACAAUGAGAUCAUAGAAGUGGAGAGUGAGAACGUCUUCAAAUUAGCUGCGAAUGCUCUGCAGGAGGCCAAGGGAGACUACACGAGCGACGAAAGCACUCGAGCUGACUUGAAGAAACUACCGACUCUCCCCACCAAAGUCCUCAAGGAACACCCAUCGCUUGCGUACUGCGAGGAUCGAGUCAUUGAAUACUAUAAACAGAUGAAAGGAGUCUCCCGAGGACAGGCCAUUGUGCAGUAUUUGACGUUGGUGGAAUCGCUGCCCACGUAUGGCGUCCACUACUAUGAAGUGAAGGAUAAACAAGGGAUCCCGUGGUGGCUUGGACUCAGCUAUAAGGGCAUUGGCCAGUAUGACCUGCAGGAUAAACUGAAACCCAGAAAGCUCUACCAGUGGAAACAACUGGAGAACCUGUACUUUCGGGAGAAGAAGUUUGCUGUGGAGGUUAACGAUCCACACAGGAGAGCAGUAACCAAGCGCACCUUUGGGCAAACGGGACUACUCAUCCACACGUGGUAUGCCAGCCACUCUUUAAUCAAAACCAUUUGGGUCAUGGCUAUCAGCCAGCACCAGUUCUACUUGGACAGAAAGCAAAGCAAAGCUAAAUUAGGAGCAGCGAGAAGUCUGGAGGAAAUUGCCAUGGACCUCACGGAGCACGGAGGAGCGAAAAUAAACAGACUGGGAGACGCUUGCCUGAAGAAUAACUUAAUAACUGCCAGCAAUGGGAGCCUGGUGUCCACAGGCUCGGCAGACUCUGAGAUGAGCGAGGAACAGAAGAAAGAGAAACUCUCUGAGCUGAGGAAAAAAGAGCAGGAGAUCCAAGAUAUUUUGGCCAAGAAGACAAAAGAGCUGAAGAAGAUUUGCCUGAGAGAGGCGGAGCUCACUGGCAAGCUGCCGAAGGAGUAUCCCCUCUCGUCAGGUGAACGACCGCCACAAGUCAGACGGAGGGUUGGCACCGCUUUCAAGCUCGAUGACCUUUUCCCCUACAAUGAGGAUCCCUUCCUGAGAAACCUGGAGAGCAGAUUUGCCCUGCAGCAAAAGAUUGUGGAGGCGGCUAAGAAGCUUGCCAAUGAGCCAGAGCUGUGCAAAACAGUCAAGAAGAAGAGGAGGAGAAACUGUCUGGAUGCCAUGCACAAACUCCAACAGAUAGAGGACGAGAUGAACCAGUACAGAAUUAAGAAGGGAAAGAAGCCCACACAGAGGGCCUCGGUGAUUAUCGCAGAUGAACUCAUCCGUUCAGACUGCAGCUCUCUGUCUAGUCUACCACUGGACGAUGAUGACUCAGACAGUGCGAGCCAGAGGCCGAGGUCAAGGUCGGUGCAAGGUUCCCCGCAGCUCAGUCCGAUGCGAUCGCUGGGAACGGAAUAUGAUGUGGAAAGACAGGGAUGUCCGAGGGAAAACCACCACAACAAGAACCACAGCAGAUUAGCUUUUGAAGGUCAGGAGGCUUCCCACUACUACCAGAAUCCAAGAGAAGUCUCCUCCACCCACUGUAGUCCCUAUAAAACCCUUCCCAGACCUCCUAGAGAUCCACGAAGCAUGCCACCUACCCCGGUUAUGACCCGCAAUGCCUACAGCAGCAGCCAGCUCAGGUCUGAGGGGUCUCCUCAUUGCUUCAGGCACCGCAGUGGCAGUCUGGAGUCCCAGCCCCAGCUCAGAAAGGACGCGGACUCAGAGAAGCCCGUCUUCAUCUUGUCACCAGCGCACCGCAGCAACAGCACAGAGGUGUUGGAGGACUGCUCGUCCUACACCAGCCAGUCCAGCCUGGAAUACUGUGGAGCGGCCAACUCCCAGUACAGCACGCUGGACUCCCGGUCCUCAACCAUGCACCGUCUCCACAGGAAGGUGGAAGUGUACGGAAACACCGGGAGCAUGCCCAACUUGGUCCAGCACCAUUCUGGUUGUAGUUAUUCAGGCGAGACCUCAGCACACUAUCCACCCAGUGCCUACUACGUCUCCGGUUACCCCUGCCUGGACAUGGAGCCUUACUCAAACGGUGCCUACGUGUAUGAGAACGAAGUGGAGGGCCACUACAACGUCAACCCUUCCUACCAAAUGAACGGCUACCAUGGACACGACAGAUUCAGGCACUACAGCAGCGACCAGGCAGAUGGUCUGUCCCAGAAUCCCUAUGCGACGGUGAGGCCGCCGCGGACCCGGGAGGGGCCCCGAAACGAGCUGCUGGCCAAGAACAUACAUAAGGCCCUGGUGGCGGAGCAUCUGAAGGGCUGGUACCACCGAAGCAGGGGCCCCAGGGAGGGAGGAAGGGGGAUGCUGACUGGGUACGACUACGACAGCGGCUCCCAGCUCAGCCUGGGCUACCAGACCAUGCCCGCGGCCUUCAGCCAUUCCAGCAGAACCACCUCCUUUUCAUCAGUGUCCUCAGUGGAAAGCGCGGGCAACUGGCGCAACCAGCUGGCGGUCGGCCUGACGGAGUACGAUUCACCUGACACGCCUCAGUACCCGCACCCCAGAGCUCCCGUUUCUCCGUACAACCGCAGCCCCACACACAACAGAUCUUCUCCGGAAAGCAAAGUGUCUGACACAAUGCCUAAAAAGUCUGAGUCAGUUGAGGUGAUUGGCUCUGAGGCCAGUAGUACAGAUGAACCAUCAGACCACAAGUCUAGCACUUAAGGGUGAGACNAAACGCAGUGGGCUUCUCUGUGUCGUGUUGCCAGUCACAACCAUUUCGACAUCCCAUCUUCAUCCGUGUGUUAGUCCUGUAUUGCCUAUUUAAUCAAAUCAUUCACAUUUUCAUAUUUUGGUGAGUUUCUUUUUUUCCCAUUAUUUGUCAGGCACAACAUUGUUUUUGUGUUUGUUCAAGAAUGCUUCACUCAUUAUAUCGAUGAUCUUGCACCGUCUUACUUCAAGACAAGGACACACUACGGAGUUCUCAAAUUAUAAUAAAGUGACAAGACCAGACUGCAGCCAUGCCAGCAGCUGUGUGAGGCAUCAAAGACGCAAGAUAGCAUCAGCACGUAAGCGGUAUGGGCUGAUAAGGAUCUUAAAAAUGAAUUAUCGGCCUCAGCGCGAAAGUGAACAUUUCUGCCGAUAUGACAGACUGAUAAGAUAAAGCUUCAAUGACACUCUAGCAGCGCCAGCCGUCAACCAAUUAGUUUUUUUUUUUUUUCAUUUUGUCCAAAGAUCAGUUACAAUUUUUAAAGCACUGCAAAAGUCCUUUCUAACAUUAUCAUAUCAUAUUUAACACAUAUACUGUUUAUCAUGGUAGCUUAGCAUGUUAGCAUGCUUACAUUUGAUAAAUAAUGAGUAAAAAGUACAGCUGAGGCUGAUGGGAAUUUUGGUCAUAAACCAAAGUUUUGGACAAAUAAAUAGACCCGAGGUUAUGAGAAGCAAGAGGAAUGUGGACCACACCUGCCAGAUGUUUCUAGUGAUUUUUUUUUUUUGUUAAUUCACAAAAAUAUAUGAAUAGAAAGAUAAAUCAAUUUAUGGUGCUGCAUUUUUUUGUGGGGUAAAAGGCUUUUUAAAUAUGUUGGAUUCCUAAUCAGUUAUGUUUUAUCUUAAUCAGAUCAAGGCUGGCAGAGUUACGUUUUGCGCAGGAACUCAUUUAAUUAAAAGAACUUCAGAUCAUAAUAAGAAUAUAAUAGGUUUUUUGCCUUUUGCCCAUUUUAGUUCUGGAAAGCGUUGGGAACUAGAGGAAAGGUCAGGUCACAAACAAUGUGAAACAAAUUACACGAAAAGAUUUGACUAUACUUGAGGUCUUUCAGUCUGAUUGACAUUGUGCUGCUAGCGUGGCUAAACAGUAGGAUGUUUCCAUUUACUCCAGCAGAACUUAAUCAUGUUGUAUGCUACCAUUAAGUGAUGUGGACUUUUUGGUGUUUUCCAUUUUCAUUCUUCAGUUUUUUAUUCCCCACAAGGUUCAGGCAUGUCUUCCAUCAUCUCAAACAUCUGAUCUGCAGUAGAUUUGACUUUAU